AACAGUGUAUGUUAGCAGUGAAAACGACACAGUUUGGUUAAGGUUAUCGUAGCUAAGGAGCCAGCUGCCCAUCCCAGGCGAGCUGCACCAAGCCGACUAGCCCAGCUUUCCGGCCUUGUCUAGCGUUACAAUGGAGCCAUUGGGAAGUACUACAAUAGCUUCAUCGAGCAACCACACCCUGAACUCAACAGGUGGUGGUUGUUGUCCACGGGAGGUCAGCGAUAAAGUGAGACUGUGCCGCUUCCUCUGCUAUGGCUCUGAGGGGGACAUAUACACUGCCAGGGAGGAGGGUCGUGUCAGCAUGGAGAGUGCUGGAGCCCUCCUCUCCCUGCUGCAGGAGGGCCGGGGUACCGAGGUGGUGGAGGAGAUAAAAAGGUUCUCUCAGGAUGGGCGAGCUGUCAGACUCAGCCCCUCCUUCUUUGCCUUGGCUUUGUGCUCUCAGCACUCUGAGCUGAAGACAAGGCAGGCAGCGUUCAAGGCCCUAAAGGAAGUUUGUCGUGACCCAGCCCAUCUGUUUUCUUUCAUCCAGUACAAGAAGGAAUUGAAAGAGGGCAUGAAGUGUGGGAUUUGGGGACGUGCCCUGAGGAAAGCAGUGUCUGACUGGUAUAAUGAGCAAGAUGCCAUGAGUCUGGCUGCGGCUGUGACCAAAUGUAAACAGAGAGAGGGAUGGUCGCAUCAGGAUCUGCUCAGGCUCUCUCACACCAAACCAGCUAAUGAAGCAAUUGCCUUGAUCAGCAAAUAUGUAACAAAAGGAUGGAAAGAAGUCCAGGUUUCUUACGCAGACAGAGAGAACUCAGAAGAGGUUGUCAAAGUACUUUCAUAUCUUGAAGUGGUGGAGAAGGUCAAGCACAGUUGUGAUGAAACAGAGGUCAUUAAUUUAAUAGAGGAACACAAACUUGAGAGGGAACAGCUGCUGACGGACCACCUGAAGUCCAAACAGAUAUGGAGAGCUCUGUUGAAGGAAAUGCCUCUCCAAUCAGUGCUGAGGAUCUUGGGUAAGAUGACGUCAAACAAAAUUCUUGAACCAGGAGGCCCAGAGACUCAAGCUGUAUGUGACAGAAUCCAGAGCGAGACGGCGCUAAAUAAGGCAAAGGUCCACCCUUUCAGCAUUCUCUUGGCUACAGAGAACUACAAAAGAGGUCAAGGCUACCAGGGUAAAACCAAAUGGGAACCAGACAGCAGCAUACUCAAAGCAAUGGACUCUGCCUUUUACAAGAGUUUUAUGAAUGUGGAGCCUGUGGGUAAACGCUUCGUAGUGGCAGUAGAUGUGAGCACAUCACUGAGCAGCAUUGUCCCAGGGACAUCAAUCAGCACUGCUGUUGCUGCUGCUGCCAUUACCAUGAUUUUUGCAAGGUCAGAGGUGGACACACAAGUGCUGGCCUACUCUGAAGGAACUUUGGUUCCAUGCACUGUGUCUGCUGACAUGACUCUCGCACAAGCAACAGUUGAACUAGUUAAGAUCCCAGGUGGGAGCACAGACUGCACCCUCCCCAUCAGUUGGGCCACAGAGAAUGGGAAAGCUGUAGAUGUGUUCAUUGUUCUGACCAACAACCCGUUGUGGACAUUUACUGCCAGCCGAGUGGAGUCUCUACAGAAGCACAGACAGAAAUCAGGAGCCAAUUCCAAGUUGGUGAUGUGUGGGCUGACUUCCAUUGGACACACCAUCGUAGACACAGAAGACAGGGGUUUACUGAGCAUCUGUGGCUUCGACCUCGGAGCUUUGAGUGUCAUUCGUAACCUAGCCCAGGAUCUGAUCUGAUAAAGUAUUGGGACUUCGUCUUUAAAUCAUGUGGUUAGAGUACAAAAUGAAGGCGCAAAGUGGACCAACGUGGCUCACUUAGCAUGUAGCGUGCCCUAAAACAGCACUAAUCCAAAAGAUGUUGACAUUUACAACUCCAAUUUCUUUUUGUAUUUUGUCGCUUACAAGUCAAUUGACAAAGUGUCCAGCGGGCUGGACAAAACUCUCCAAAAAUAACAAAUGUUGUGUGCAUAUAUUUUUUCUGAAAUUUGAAAAGGAGGUGAUAAGACAUGUCAUUGCACAUCAUGCUGUCAAGACUUAAGGUGCAAACAGCACUCUGUAUGACAAGCUGUUUAGUGCUUUGAUGGUUCUUAAUUAGAUACUAACCCACUCAAUAAUAAAUUCAACUCAUUUAUAGCAAGAUGUUGGUAGAUUAAAUAAGAGGAAAAGUGUAGGAGUCAGAAUGUUAGAGGCUUAGUGCAACUCUAGGUUUAUUUUGGGGGGAUUUACUGUAGUUUCUAGUAUGCAUCUAUGGUUUGAUUUUAGCAGGUUUGAUGUGAUUGUAGAGGUGUUUUAAAUUUGAAAACCUGUCCCUCUGUUUUAUGUAGCAUUAUUAUAAAUUAUUAACAGAUAUGAUAGAGAUGAACUGAAACAAAGCACCAAAAGUCAACAGAAUACCUUGCAGUUUUUCUGGCUAUUCUGUUAAAUUCUUUGAUUUAUUUGACCAGAGAAGAUUUUUUUUUUUAAUAGUAAUAUUAAUGUGUAGAAUUCUGUUUACACAACUCUGGCCUUUAGCUUAUCUACAAUUCUUAGUUGUUGUAUUAACAUUUGUUUUACACUAAGCCAAUUUUUAUUUUAAAACUGAGUUAUAUGUUCUGCUCUUGUCAAAUUUAUUCCACAUAAGAAUACCCUUGGUGCUCUUAAAUGUCAUGAUACAUUUUUGGGGGAUUAUUUGGGUUAUUGGUUGUUGUAUAUUCCUUUGUGAAACAAUGAUGCCAAUAUUUGGAACUGUAAGUCAGUUUGCUGUAAAUUGGAGAAAUUGACUUGAUCUCAUAUUUUAGUCUGAAUUCUAUGCAUCACAAUUGGGAUUAUACUGUAUUAUUAUGUCCAGGAAGGACAAAUCAUAGCUAUUUAACAACUGUUUAACAAGACAGAAUCUGCUAGAACAGCAACGAUUCUAUAUUUUUGAUGUAAGAAUGUUCGUUAUGCAAAAACUAACAGAUGAUUGCUACCUUCCUGGAAUUAAAUGAAUUGAAUGUACUUUUGUAAAACAUGUAACCGUAGAGAUUUAAAGUACAAUGCUUUAUAUUUCCUCAGACAUAAUAAACACACACUGUACAGUG